AUAUACUGUUUAGGGCUUUAACCAAGAAAAUCGAAGUCCAAUAAGAGUGCAGGAGCUUUACUGUCUCAUAGUAAUCUUCCCACAGAAGACGCACAUGGAUCGGUACCAGAGGGUGGAAAAGCCACGAGCUGAGCAAUCAAUUAAGGAGAAUGAGAUACGAAUUACUAGCCAAGGCAGAAUGCGGAGCUAUAUCACAUAUGCUAUGAGUUUGCUUGAGGAAAAAGGUUUGUCAGAAAUUGUGUUUAAAGCAAUGGGUAGAGCUAUCAACAAGACUGUUACAAUUGUAGAGUUGAUAAAGAGGAGAAUUAUUGGUCUUCAUCAAAUAACAUCCAUUGGAUCCAUAGACAUAACUGAUACAUGGGAACCCCUAGAAGAAGGACUACUUCCUCUUGAAACCACUAGGCAUGUGUCAAUGAUCGCUAUCACCCUCUCUAAAAAGGAGCUGAAUACAUCAUCUAUCGGGUAUCAGCCUCCAUUGCCAUCUGAUCAGGUGAAGGUGUCAACUGAGUUUGAAUAUGAAGGAGAAGGAUUACCAACGGGCAGGGGUAGUGGUGGAAGAGGAAGGGGAAGGGGAAGGGGAAGAGGAAGGGGAAGGGGAAGAGUGAUGUCUGGAAACGGUUAUGCACCACAUGGGUACGAUGAUGAUGAUGGAUGGGAUGGCCCUCGUGAUUAUCCGAGGGGAAGAGGCCGGGGAAGAAGCCGCAAUUAUCGUGGACGUGGAAGGGGAAAUUACAGUAAUGGCCCUUAUAUGGAUGCUCCUCAAGAUGCAUACAAUCAAGAAGCAUCAAUGCAAGGAAGAGGGCGUGGCGGUGGUGGUCGUUCAAGGGGUCAGGGAUACCGAUCUAAUGGGCGGGGCGAGGCCUAUGCAGCAGGUGAAGGUGCGUAAAGGGUCGUUGCUUUUGAUCUUGUAUGUGUGUUUCUAUUCUCUACCUGUUGUGUUCUACUGCUAGUAUUGAUUUGAUCUAAAGGAAGGAAGGAAGUAGUAAUGCAGUAAAUAAUUCCUAAAAAUAGACUUAGUUUUUUUAAUUCCCUUUUUACCCUUUUGUAGUUUUGCCUUCUCCAGUUUUGACCUGUAGAAAACCAUGUACUUUUAUUUUGUGUCCAAAAAGUAUAUGAUGAAAGGUUUUUUG